ACACGAAUUUUGUCACUCGAACGAUUACGCAUACAAAGCAUGAAAAUUCUUUUUUGAAGCGCGAAGAUCUUUGAUUGUUAUCUCGUGAUUAAUCUACGAGUGAUUCGAAUUUGAUCCCGCUACUCUCUUUGAGCUCCUUUGUUUUGCAUCUGAAAUUAUAAUCGUGACGCUUUAUCAUUUUGUUUUUCUGCUUCAACUUCUUCCGAACGAUCCAAAGAUGUUGUUCUUGGGUGUACUGUCUAUCUUUCUGCUGACUGCCUCUGCAGAAUAUUGUUAUAGUGAUGUCGAGAGUGCUUGCAGCACUAAUCCUAAAAAACGCAUUCUUUCAGAUGGUGGAUUAAUAACAAACUGUAACGCCCAGUAUGGAGCUAUUGAAGAAUAUCAGCCUGAGCUCCAAGCAUUUGCAAAUGCUAAUAUUGAAAUGAGUUUCGAAUUUCUGCUGAUGUCCACACAUUUCGGCAAUUAUGAAGCGCAUCGAGAAGGAUUUAAGGGACUGUACCGCAAACUUUCAGAUCAAUCAUGGGCAGAUGCGAUAGAUUUGAUCAAAUACAUUGCAAAACGUGGUGGUAGAAUGGACUUUAAUCAGCUUCCUCGCUUUAAGAAAUCUGUCAAGGACAGUAAAAUUUUGGAGCUGACCGAAUUGAAUAGUCUCGCUAAAGCGCUCGAUAGCGAGAAGCAACUUGCCAAUGAAGCAUUACGUAUCCACGCUCAAGCGCAACAUCACGCAAAGAUGCAGGAUGCAGAUAUCGCUCAUUAUAUUGAGGAACACUUCACAGAAUCAUUGUCCGAGCGUGUAAGAGACCUGGCUGGUUAUUCAAAUGACUUGAGGAAAUUAUUGGAUGAACGCGAUCCAUCCGUUUCCGUAUUUUUGUUUGAUGAAUAUCUUAAAAAAGUUGUGUAAAAAAAUAAGUGUAAUUUAAAACACACGCAUAUAUAUAUAUAUACAUUAUAUUUCAAUUACAAAAAUUAUGAUUGUUAUUAUUUUUAUCUUUAUUUUCAUUGCUAAAGAUCUUUUGUAUGUAAAAUACAAGAAAUAAACGCAAAUAGAAAUUUA